AGUUCGGAUCAUCCUAAGACGCUACCGUGCUGAUAUCAUACGGGAUCCCGAGGUGAGGUUAGCUACAAAAGGGUUCGGCUAGAGAAGUAGAUUAUGGAGGAAGCCCCCGACCUCAGCAGCUAUACUGAAGAGGAUCGCCAAGCAUUAGCGGCGCACAUCAAAGAGGAGGUGGAGAAGAAAGUACAACAGAAGAUGAAAGAACAAGAAGAAAAGCGUCCCGCUUCAGAGAGCGUGGACAUGCCCCCCGAUGGAGGCGAUCCCCGGCAUGCUCGGCCGGCUGGAACAGCGUUGAACCCGCAACCUGAAGACCAGCCACGAUCGUUGGAGGACGGUCUCGUUGAUUUGUUCGCACGGGCAAUGCGAAGCACCAACACCCCGGGGGAGGAAACCAGGGAAGUCGUAACCCCUAAGGACACCAUCCGUGUCAGCCCUGUAAUACAAGUAGCCCCAUUUACGGGUGUGUUAGAUUCCAGCGGCGAUGUUCAAGUAAGGGUACAGGUGUUUGAGAGCCAAUUUCGAAUGCUGUGGCAACUAGACGAUUGCCUGAAUGCAAUAGUAUCAGAAGAGACAAUCAGGGUGGGGAAGUCGGAUGCAGACAUUCCCAAACUGAAGGAGGAGUAUGGUAGGAAGGCCAUCGAGAAGGCCAUGAAGGCCUGGGAGUUAAUACUGGCAAAGAUUCAAGUUGCAUCGAUCGUACCAGCAAUCAUCUCUAGUGGUUGCCCAACGGAGUCAUGGCGAAUAUUCCGAAAUCAUUUUCAAUUGCAUGCCCACACAGAAAGGACGAGCCUUCAGCUAGAGUGGCAGGAGUUGACGCAAGGGGUUCAACAUCACCCGAAAGAGUACCUGUCGAGAGGGUGGGUGCUGAGGCAAAGGCUAUCAUCUUGGGGAGUGAAAAUUACAGAGGAUGAUGCUAACAGACAUCUUGUGCGCAACCUCCUCCCCGAAUAUGUUGUCUACACAGGUUUUCUGAUGUCCGAGAGCGGUCUAGAGAAGGAGAGAGUAGAACGGAUUAUAGUGAAUGCUUGGGCGGAGAUGGAGGCGCGAAGGAAGAAGAAGCAGGAGAGCGUGGGGGCUCAUGCCCUCGUCACUGGCGGUGAGAACCGUAGUGGCGGGGGAGGGAACACGGGGGGACCGGGGAAGACGAGAGGACAACGGAGGAUGGCAGCGCGGCAACAGAAGCAACAACCGCAGCAGCCACAGCAUCAGCAUCAGCCGUACUUCAACCAGUAGCAACAGGUAUACCGGCCGUCGUACCCGCCUGAAAUAAAAUAUUGUGACCUCCACAACUCCCCGUCCCACAGCAACGAGGAAUGUCGCUUGCAGCGGGGUUGGGGAGGUCCCUCGGGCGGCCAAGGUGCGAGCUACGGCGGAAGGCACGGGCCCCAGCAUGGGGGCCGGGGCUUUUCUGGAGGAGGACGUCAUCAGCAGCAGCCGGCAGGAGGAAGAUUCGGGGGACGUGGCGCCGCUUCCGGUGGGAGGGGCAGGGGCCCUUUUCACCAGGGAUCGCCCGGCAGCAACCUCCCCGCCUACCCUGUACCUCAGCAAGGCUACGACUACAGCACCUACCCCCCCAACAUGUACCGCCCACAGGGAAAUGAACCUCCCAUCCACCCGAAUGACCCUCGCAAGCGGUGUGAGAACUGCGGUGAACUCGGCCACAACCACCUGUUCUGCCCUUCGCGUGUUGAUGUCGGAAGGCCAGCUGGCAUGCCGGCAGGCAACGCGCCGCCCAGGCACCCGCCGCCCCGGCCGCCGGCCGGUGGUUACAGCCAGCAGCCGCCUUGGGCACACUCGUAUGGGCAGGCAAAUACGGCGCAGCAAUACGGCGGAGAGGGUUACCCGGGGGUAGCGCCAGGAGCAGCAGGAGCGACGGCGGUGGCGACGACAGCUCCAUCUACAGGGGCGCAUGCGGUGACGCACGUGAGCGGCGUUUACCAAAAUCCGGUGACGCACGCGAGCGGCGUUUACCAUUACUCGCCCCAACAGCAGCAGCCGGAGUACCUUUCCCCCCCCGUGCAACAGCAGCAGCCCAUCUCCAACCCGUACGCUCCUCCGGCGCCUUCGACCGGAGCGUCUCCAUCGACUGGUGGGGAUUUACAUGCGUGUGUGGUGUGGGCUUUUCCAAGUGAGUCUGAGAAUGGUGUGCUAGUAGAGCGAAGGGACGACGGAUAUGCAAUGAUGAACGUCCUUGAUGAGAGUGUAGGAGAUGAAACUUGGCUUGCAGACUCUGGCGCCACGAACCACACCGCAGGUGACCCGAGGUGCAUGUACGAUGUGGUGAUUCCUCUGCCUGGUAGAGAGCGAGUGAUGAUUGGAGAUGGUAGGACGAUGCCUGUGCUUGGUAUCGGUAGCCUGAAUGUCAAGUUCCACAAUGGUGGAAGCGAUUUUUGCAUGAAGCUCACCAACGUGCAGCACGUUGAGGGAAUGGGCUACAAUUUUUUUUUCGCUCCACAAGGCCAUGGGAGGGCAACGAAUUAAGAUGGAUCCUAUAGGUAUCCACCUGUUUAUGGGUGAAUUAACUUUUCCCCGUGGCGAGCGCGGUUCAUCCUUGAGAGCGACCCGUCUACCGCCCGAUUACACGACGCCAAUUGCUGUGCCCGUGAUGACGCCGUUACCUCCGCCUCCCCCUCGCUCUGGAGACGUUGUGAGUGUGACUGGUGUUGCAACAAUGCAUGCAAUCCCCCGCAUGCAGCAUUCUCCCCAAGGUGUAGCGUACAUGCCCUCUUCCUCGUUUUCUCGUGUCCCGCCCACUGUCACCAGCGCCGGCAGUGUAGUGCCUCCAACGGUGUCUAGAUUCCCGCCCACUGUCAGCAGUGUCGUGCUUCUAUCCGCUCCGACGAGCGUUGUGCCGACCCUCGUCUCUGGUUUCCCGCCCGCUCCCAACAGCGUAGUACAUUCUGGUGAC